AUAUGCAAAUUUACUUGACCUGCAGUGUAUAAAAGAAGAAGAAAAAAAAACGUUACCAAGUUGACACAAACCGGCUUUGUUGGUUCGUUGUCCGAUGUCACCUGAAUUUCUCGGUCAGUUGCUUUCCGUGCUCGAAGUGCGACUAACGCAACUCAACUUGUAUAAUAAAAAGAGUUCACCGCUUAAAGUUUUCUCAUCCGUUAAUUUCUCUUUGUCGCCGGUCUCGAUCGGCUAUUAAUUCUCUCAUCGCGCGUCGGUGUCGGUUUUGCGUGCGCGUUUGAUCUUCCGUUCGCGUUGCGCGCGAUCAAUCAGCGAAUGCGUCGCGCCGCAAAAGGGCGCUACAUUAAUCGCGAAGUCGGUUUGCGGCAGCGGUGGCUUUGUCGCAAACAAAUGAGGGGUUUACAUAUUUUAUCGAGUGUUUGCAUGCAGCUGGUCGUGGUGGCGCUGGCUGAUAAUAUAGCAACUGUAUCGCAUGUGGAUUUACAACCGGAAACAAACAAUUUAAAUGUUUAUUACGAUCUGAACGACGGGCGGCCGCUGGAUGCUCAACCGGAACCAAACGCGACAGUCAAAGGCGAUGGUGGAGGUGCCGGGCGUCGACGCUUGGAUUUUCGCAACCGGAGCAACGGAUGCUCCUGUCAGGCGUUGACGUGCGGAUGCUGCACCGGCAUCAACAUUCAACAGUUCAACUUUAACCGCGAGGGUUGUAUGAACUUUACGUACGAUCCAAACGAGUUCUCGCUGAUAAUGAACAUGUUUAUGAACAACAAUCCGGUGUACACCAACGCCGUAUCAGCAAAAAAUCCACCACCUUUUUGUUUGCCUUUUGGAGUACCGUAUCUACCAUCGGUGGAAUUCUGCGCGCGUCUGUUUGAUCUCCACACGCUCGGACAGAACCUGCAGAUGUGCUUGGAUUUCGAAACCCGCGUGCAACAUGCGCCUAUCUUCGUGCUGCACUUCGACUGCAUGCGAAUGGGUGCCGCAGGCUUUGCUCUGGUCAAACCCGGCGACACAAUCUCCCCGCAAGAAGUCAUCGAACCAAACGACCCCAUCUUACCAAUUCCAUCUUCUACAACUGCUCAAACCGUUACGGAUAUAGAUAUAUAUGAUGAAGUCAUUGAAACGAAAAAACAAACAUAAAAUAAAUUUGAUUUAGAGGUCAAUGUCAUGGACACUGUAUGAUGUAUUUGAUUGCAAUCAUUGCGGGAUUAGGCUCUAAGUAAAAAAAUCGAAUUGCUUUUUGGAGCAUUUCAUUUAUUUAUAUUUAAUCCCGCGAAUUGCGAAGCAAUCUGUUAUAAACCGCGCGUCGCGGGUUUCGAGCCGUCAAAAACGGGCAAAAAAUCGCGCUCAUUGUGGAGGCCGCGCGGGCCUCGUAUGAUUGAUUAGUUUCACGCAAACACACAAACCCAUCUAGAUCCCGAACGCAGCAAACGCACCAAAAUGGAUGGAAAACAGUGCGUUCGGGGAAAAAUUUAUUUUUGUUGAAUCAGUUAUGAAUGUCGCUUUGUUUGCUCAGAACGUAAUCAAUCCUCAAUAUACAGAUCUAAAUGUACACGCAAAAAAAAGGUUCUACUCCUGCAUUAAAUUCCAUGUAGUGUUCUUAUUUUAAAUUUUUGUUGCUUUUUUUUAUGUUUUGCUAAUGUUUCGUCACGUCAAUCGCAAGUAAGUCGAGUGUGAUUAAUGCCGACGCAACGUUCGCCGCACAAUUACAGCCGGGGAGCUUUCACAGCAAAAUGCCAGCUACGAUUUAGGCGCGAGACGCUGACGUUACGACGUUUCGACAUGCCUAUACACAC